AUGUCGCUGCUAGACGAUCUCCCCAAUCGAGACCUCGCCGAGGAAAUUGAAGCUAUCAAUGCUAUUUACGAGCCUGACACCAUCACGGUGAGCCGCGUGGCGGGCGCGCAGCCCACCACCAACAACACACUCGACCUGGGAGGCACCGUCGUCUCCGACGACAAUGCGCAAUCGUUAAUCACACUGCAAAUACCUGGCCAGUCACAUCUCUCCUUUCGCCUAGGCUUCGAUGCCGCCUACCCUGAAACUCGACCUGUCGUCCUCGGAACGGCGUCGACCGCCGCACGCGGAGAAGGCAAAAUCGCAGUCGAUGUAUUGGAAGAGAUUGUGCAGCGGAUGUGGCAACCCGGUGCAGUCUGUCUAUUCGAUGUCAUCAGUGAAGCCGUGGAGGUUUUUCCGGAAUUGAGCAUUGGAGAUAUCAAGGAUGGCGACCCGAUUGGAGCAGCGCAUUCCUCUGCGAUGGCGGGGAAUUCGACUCAGGGCCAAGGUGCAAACGAAUCCACAAACAGCGCCACGGAUGCUCUCGCUAUGCUUUCGCUUGAGGAUGCAUUGGGACUCAAACACCCACCAGAAUGGAUUCUGUCUGAUGUGGUCACAGAAAAGAAGUCGGUGUUUCUGGGCCGAGUGGUGAGGGUCGAUAGUCUAGCGCAGGCGCAGGCUUUCCUGGAUCAUCUCACAGCAACAGAUAAGAAAGUAGCGGUGGCAACGCACAAUAUCAGCGCUUGGCGUAUUAAGCAAAAGAAAGAGUCCGGGACCCGCGUCUCAGACACCCAACCUGACCCUGAAGCGGCCGAGACGGUGAUUCAGGACUACGAUGACGACGGAGAAACGGCUGCCGGUGGCCGUCUACUCCAUGUCAUGCAGCUUAUGGAUGUUUGGAACGUCUUGGUUGUGGUAUCACGGUGGUAUGGUGGGAUUCAUUUGGGCCCUGCUCGGUUUCGACUGAUCAACGAUGUUGGCCGAGAUGCCUUGAUCAAAGGAAGCUUCACCCGCGAGGAGAGCCCUGGUGUCGCUGAAAAGAGCAAGAAAAAGGGGAAGAAAUAA